AUGCCUCGGGUCUCUGUGGAGCGUGUGAUCUACAAGAUAACAACGUUUGGUAAGACCUUAGGCACCGGUGUAGUACCGGCCGAAGGCUCUCCGAUGCUUCAGGAUAGUGGUCCUAUUUAUAGGCCAUGGGAGGAGUCCCCCAAGUUCUUAUAUGAGAGUUCUUCGGAUGGGGACUUGAUACUUUCCUCAGUAAUCAAAGUGUCAUUCUACCACUCGGUGAUUUUGCAGAGGGUGGUGCUCGAUCCUUGUCCUUCUGCGCUUCUUUGCUCAGAAGCUGACACCCAGGAACUCAAGGGUUGCCACUUCGAGGCGUACCGUUUCGAUGCCCCGCCUUAUAAAUUGGAGUGGCUCCGGAUAAGGAGUUCACUUUGCAUUUGCCACUUUUCAUCCGUAGUUCGAGAUAAGAUAUCUGAUAGUGAGUCUCCGUUUGAGAGAGAGCCAAAUGCAUUUGAUGGGGAGUCAUUGAACGAUCAGUGGGAUACAAAUAGUGAGGCCGUAAGCCUUGAUGCCGAGGGUGGAGAAGAUACUGAUGUCAAAAUAGUCAGUGAAGGGACAAGCUACGUUCCUACCUAUGGCAUCAGGAAGGGACUUAUGAAAAGACAGCCAGUACCGUUGGCUGUGGUGUAUAGUGACGGCAGUCAUGCCGGUGCAAACUAG